ACGGAAUGUAUGUUAUAUAACAACGACCGAGUGGUUCUGAGUGUGAGCAGCAGAUGGGGACGCAGCACUGACCUGAAACAGCAAACGGACAUAAAGGUGCCUCUGGAUGAACAGAUAAUCAGCUUUGCAACAACAACAAAAAGAUUCUUCAGGAGCUUAUUGUUUGAUAAUGUGACAGUAUGUCCAAGCUAUUAUAUUUUCACAACCACAAGGUACAAAGAGAAAUUAUAACUGUAUUAGAAGAUGCUUUCGACCAAGAAGGAGCCAUGGCUAAUAAAAGAAUAAAAACACAAGAGUAUUAUCAAAUGUGGGUCAAACAUUUAGUAUACACUCUGAAGCUGGUUAGUGUUUAUUACGUAACGUUCAUAGAAUAAUUAUGAAUUCUUAAACAUGUCUCCGCAUCAUCGACAGGAACAUUUUCAUCUCUUUAUUUAAGAUGAUAUUAUUGAUAAAAUGAUAAUGUACAGUGUGAAGUGGGACCCCCCCAAAAAAAACCAAACCAACAAACUUGCGACAGUGUUGUUCACUGUCGCAAGUUUCACGACAACGGGUUGUUUUACGGCACACGUGGGGCACGCAGUCGUCCCAGUUUAGUGCAUUGAGCUCCGGCAGUUGUUGCUUCAGCAUGGCUAAAGUUUCGAAAAAGAAAGCGAGUAAAAAGAAAACACGCUCCGGAGGUGCGGAGCAGAGCAACGAGGGGCAUCCAGACGUGAUUUACGACGACGAAAAGGAGGAGGAUGCGACUGAUGAUGAUGUUACUGUUGAGGACGAAGACGGGUACGAUGAACGAAAACGCCAAAAGCUGCUGGAGGCUAUCGGCACUCUCAGUGGUAAGAGGAAGAAAACUCUGGGGGAGAGGUCCGAGGCGGCCGUGCAUAUGUCCGAAUUUACGGUCAACGUAGAGGGCGAGGGCGACAAAGUCGAUUUGUCGGACUUGAUAGGGUCCAUGAAGACAACUCCUGGACUCUCAGGCAAGAGCAAGAAGCGGCUGAAGAAUAUGGAGCAAAGCAGAAAGACCAUAGAGUGCCCGCUAAGCAAGCAGGAGAGCGAGAGGAUAAGGAGAGAUCUGGCUUUUCAGAAGGUUUCCAAAGAGGUGAGCCACUGGAAGAGUGUCAUCAGACAGAAUGAGAGGGCUGAGCAGCUGGUCUUCCCUCUCAAUCAGGAGCAUUCAGGCCCCAAACCCAUUGAGAGGGUGGUGAUGGACUGGAAGGCUCAGACUCCGCUUGAGCAAGAAGUCUUCACUCUCCUGUCUGCCAACAAGCAGCCUAUUAAUGACCCCAUUCUUACUCCCACUGAGGAGGCCUCCGUGAAAGCGAUGAGCCUGGAGGAAGCUAAGGUACGUCGUGCAGAGCUGCAGAAGGCGCGGGCUCUUCAGUCCUACUACGAGGCCAAGGCGAGGAGGCAAAGGAAGAUCAAGAGCAAGAAAUACCACAAAGUGCUGAACAAGGCCAAAUCCAAGGAUUUCCAGAAGCAGUUUGAUGAGAUGGUGAAGAGAGACCCGGCUGCUGCGCUGGAGGAGCUCAAUAAGAUGGAGAUGGCGAGGAUGCAGGAGAGGAUGUCACUGAAGCACCAGAACAGCAGUAAGUGGGCCAGGUCCAAGGCCAUCAUGGCAAAAUAUGAUGAAGGUGCCCGCAAAGCUAUUCAGCAGCAGCUGGAAGUGAACAAAGACCUGACCCAGAAGUUGGUGACCUCACUGAACAAGGAAGAGGAGGAGACGAUGGAGGAAGAAGGUAACGCAGACGUGGUGCCUGACUUUGUGAAUGAUGCAGAGCAAGGACUGGAUUUUUCAAAUCCUUGGAUGACUGGAAAACUCUCUCAAGACUGCGUGGAGAAGGAGACAAGUAAUGCUGUGACUAUUAGAGCUGAGGAAAAUGUAGCUGAGGAAGAGGAGGUGGAGGAGACAGAAGAAGAGGUGCUACUCAGAGAAUUUGAUAACAGGAGGAAACGGCGUCAAGCUCAGGAAGCUGACGCACCUGUAAUGCUUAUGGAGGAGGAGGAGGAAAACAAAGAUGCUUCUGACAAAGAGGAAGAAGAGCUUUCAGAGUUCACAAGCCUUUUCAAAGGAUUAGCAGAGGGCUGUGGAGAGGCUGACACAGCAGCUGAGCAGGAAAAGGAGCUCAAAAUCAGGUGUCAAGAGGAUGAAGAGCUUCUCACACAGGGCAAGGAGGCAGAGGAGGAGGAAGCCACAGAUAAAGGACCUGUUGUUCCGCAGCAUCCUCCAGCCACAGAAAACGCACAAAAGACGGGCAAAAGCAGGAAGAGGAGGAAAGGGAUUGAGCUGAAACAAGUUCUCACCAAGGGCGCACAGGUCCUGCAGGUUCCCUUUGCUCCCACCAUCGAGGAUGCAGAGGACUCGGAGGAAAAGCUGGACCAGAGGGGGCUCAUUAAAGAGGCCUUUGCUGGAGAUGACAUCAUCUCUGACUUUCUGAAGGAAAAGAGGAAGCAAGAGGAUGCAGGGAAGCCUAAGGCGGUAGACCUGACACUACCUGGGUGGGGUGAGUGGGGAGGGGGAGGACUGCAGCCAUCAUGCAGAAAACGCAGGAAGUUCAGGAGAAAGAUGACCCCACCCACACCCAGGAAAGACCAGCAUCUACCAGGUGUCAUUAUCUCUGAGAAGAGGAGCAGCUCCAUCAGGCUCCACCAGGUCAACGCGCUGCCCUUUCCCUUUGAGAGCCCCUCAGUCUUUGAGAACACCAUCCGCUCUGCGCUUGGCCGCACCUGGAACACAGAGCGCACUGUCAAAAAGGUCACCAAGCCCAAGGUCGUCACCAAGCUGGGCGCCAUCAUCGAGCCCAUGACUCGGGAGGAGCUAGUGAAGGACAAGAACGGAGCGUCUGCAGGAACCAGCAGUAGUGUGAAAAGAAAACCUUAAGAGCUUAAAAGAAGCUGUUUUGUGGACAUUAUUAAAACACCGCUUCACAACAUUUCUUUCCCUGCUGCAGUGGAAUUGAUCUGUAAUGUCAGAAUAUUUGAAGUGACUAAAUAUCAUUAAUAAUUUUGUUUUAUGUUUCAGGGGCUGAUCUGAUCAAAUGGUGAUGAGAUCUUUUAAAUGUUAUAUUUGUUGAGAACCCCUGAAAUAAUUCUUACUGGAGUUGAACUUGUGCUGUUUCACCCUGUAGUUGGAGCCUAAACUGUGAGACACUGUAGAAAACGAAUAUCUCAGAAUGUCGAGAUGUCUGCUUUGUAACUUCUUGGAGAAAAUGUGCUUUUUAAUUACACUCUUAUACUGACUGUUGGUGUUUUUUGUUAUUUUUCCUGCCAGUUUGUGUUGAAUCAAUCUUUUAUCACCACUAUGUCAUGUGUGCUAUAAUGUCUAAUCUUUACUGGAAAAGGCGAUACCUGUGGUACAACACACAGGCUGGGCUCUAAAGGUUUUUCACAUGAGAUGAAGUGUUUGCAGAUUCAGAGUCUGCACAUUGUUGCUGCCAACAUGUUUCCUGUUUCUCUUACACGAGGCUGUGAAACGUUUCGAAUGUGUUGAAAUGUGGUUUGUGAUUUUUCUCUAAUGGAGACAAAUCUUUGUAUAUUGCAGCAUAUUCCCAGGUUAUUGUGUGUUAUACUCACCAGUUAAUGUAACUGUAUACAGUAAGUAUGACUUUAUUGAUCCCAAAGGGAAAUGAAUAUAAUUAUAAUCAUUAUCAUACGCAUUUAAGUACUCAAGAAAAAUGUAAAUAAAUACUGAAACAUAUACAAUUUAUGUUACUUUAUAUUUCCACUGACUUCACUCGAAGCGGAUGGUCUGUAUUGACUCCACUACGUUUGUGUGUGAACUUUAGCUUUUGUUCUGAUUAUAUUAAGUCCCAUGAAAAGAUGUUCGAUUUGUUGAUUUUUAAGAUAAUUAGAAGUUGGGCUGAAAAUAGGGCUGUACAUUACAUUAAGAGUUAAUGUGUCGUGUCACUAUAAACAUGAGCACAUCGCAUUGCUGUUUAAGCUAUUAAGAUAAGCUCAGUCUUACACAUCUAGAGCAGUAACAUACAAAGACGUUCAUACAUUAAGAAUUCAUUUAAACAUACACGGGAGUGUUGCAGCUUUGUGCAUUGAAACACAGCAAGUAUUCAAGUAAAAGUAUCAAAGCAACUGUAAUAAUACUCAAGUGAAAGAGCUGCAUAGUAAAUCCUACAUAAAUAGUAAGUAUUAGCAGGUAAACCUGGUUAAGGGGUCUGUGAUGCACAUCGUUAGAUUACUAGUAUUGAGGCAACAAUGUAAUCCAUGUUGUAGCUGCUGGACUUUUAUAUAAAAUCUGAUGAGUUUACAUGGUCGUUUGUAGUUCAAAGAUCCAUUUUUCCUCUUAAAUGUAGUCAGUGGAAGAAGGAAGUAGCAUACGACAAAAGUAUUAGAAAUGUUGAAAUUCUAUUUAUGGCGCUUCUUUAAAGUAUUUACUAACAGAAUAUUAUCCUGACAUCUCGUAUGGUUACAGUAUUCAGUCUAAAUGUAAUGUAGCUUUUAUUUCUUUGGGAAAUUCAAGUGUUGUUAAAGCAGAGUGCACACAGCCCACAGGCGCUUUAGUAUUUCAUAUGACAGGUACAAAUGGGAGACGAAUUAAAAGAGCUGAUCCUGAGCCCUGCAGUAGGAGAUCGGGCUGCGCUGUGGGGGCAGUUGGCUGUCCUGGUCUGUGUGGGAAUGCUGCCAUCUAUUGUACACAAGGGUUCACUGCUCCUACAAAAUGUUUGUAAUCACACAUUGUGUGCUUUAUCGUAAUGUUUCACCCGAGUUUAACAGCAGGGGGAAGUUUCAGUAUGUUAGGUCAUCAUCAACAAAGGAGGGAGUGUCUUUGAACUGCUGUCUUCAUCUCAUGUUUGUUAAUGUAACACAAAGUGGGAAUUUUCACACACACUCUUUCAGUACCAGUCAAAACUUCACACACUCAGGAUAUUUCAUUUUUUUUUUAUUAUAAUUCUAGUAAAUGGUCACAACAAUAAAAAUCCAACUGAAUUUAUAAGUGACCUGAUGUAAAUGAAGUUUUCUUCACUGAACCAGGGAAGGACACCUGUGUAUAUUUGAGCUCACUUGUAAAUAAUUCUUUGGGUUAAAUGUUGAGCCCACUGAGAGGAAAACUAAACCACAAACAUGCCCGAAGACUGAUCAGCUUCAUAGGCAGUUUCACACUUUAAAUUUAUUAUACUUAGAUAAUAUAAUCAUGCAGACUCUCAGAUAUGUCCUCAAUUUUGACUGAUGGGGACAUUUUACAUGAAGGAAAAAUCAGCUCGUCCCUGACCAACUGGUUCUUUCAGCUGCUCCCUUAUUUCCUGUUUUUUUUUAAAUAAGCAUAUUAAUUCUUAAACAGCUCUGCGACCUGUCCAG